UUUAGUGCAGCCGGGAGGCGGGCCCUAAGGCACCGUUGUCAAUCCAAGGCUGUUUAGCCAUUGGGUUGGUCGAGAGUGGCUGAAUGGUGUUCGUCGGGUCCAAUGGGAAUGUGGCCGGGCAGCAGGCACGUGGGAGGGCCGGGAGUCCUGCAAGCUAGUCCAAUGAGGAGGUGCGGCCUCCCUGGAGGCCCGACCAAUCCGUGCCCGAAAUCCCUCCUAGCCCACCUCUUCUCUGGCCAAGGGGCAGGGCCUUGCCUUGUUGAUCGGCGGAGCGGAGGGGGAGGGGCGGAGCUGUCAGCCGUGGCCAAUGGGCGGGCGGGUGUGGGUGCUGGGGCCAAUGGCGGCCGGGGCGGUGCGGGCCCGUCGCGGAUAGAGCUUCUGCUGCGGUGGGGUCGAGUGUUGGCCGAGCGAGCGAGCAAAGGGGCCCGGCCCGAGCUAAGGAGCCAGAGGCGGCUGGGCCAGCCACUCCGCGACGGACUGACGGAGCUGACGCGCCGGGCGGCGGCCAUCAGGUUUGGUACUGAGCCAUUUGGAAUCAUGGGGUCCGAGAAUCCAAGUCCACAAAACCCUAGCUGUAAGAUCAUGACAUUCCGCCCUACUAUUGAGGAGUUUCAGGACUUUGGGAAAUAUGUGGCCUACAUUGAAUCUCAAGGAGCUCACAGAGCAGGACUUGCUAAGGUGAUCCCACCAAAGGAGUGGAAACCUCGGAAAACUUAUGAUGACAUUGAUGACAUGGUGAUUCCGGCUCCCAUUCAGCAGGUGGUGACAGGACAGUCUGGUUUAUUUACCCAGUAUAACAUACAGAAGAAACCCAUGACAGUGGGAGAUUAUCGACGCUUGGCCAACAGUGAAAAGUAUUGUACUCCUCGACACCAAGACUUUGAAGAUCUGGAGCGUAAAUACUGGAAGAACCUGACUUUUGUGUCACCGAUUUAUGGAGCUGAUAUUAGUGGUUCUUUAUAUGAUGCAGAUGUAGAGGAGUGGAAUAUUGGGAAUUUGAACACCCUUUUGGACAUGGUGGAACAUGAAUGUGGGAUUAUCAUAGAAGGCGUCAACACUCCCUAUCUGUACUUUGGGAUGUGGAAAACUACCUUUGCUUGGCACACAGAAGACAUGGAUCUCUACAGUAUCAAUUACCUGCACUUUGGGGAGCCCAAAUCUUGGUAUGCCAUACCUCCAGAACAUGGCAAACGUCUGGAACGUCUGGCAAAAGGGUUUUUCCCUGGCAGUUCUCAGGGAUGUGAUGCCUUUCUCCGUCACAAGAUGACUCUCAUCUCUCCCUCCAUUUUGAAGAAAUACAGCAUCCCAUUUGAUCGGAUCACUCAGGAGGCUGGCGAGUUUAUGAUUACUUUUCCCUAUGGAUACCAUGCAGGAUUCAAUCAUGGCUUCAACUGUGCUGAGUCAACUAAUUUUGCCACACUGCGGUGGAUUGAUUAUGGCAAGAUGGCUACUCAGGAUGCAAAAAUUCUGGAUGUCUACAUGGAAGACUUGGCAUUUGAGUGCACCUGCCGAAAGGACAUGGUGAAAAUUUCAAUGGAUGUUUUUGUGAGAGUGCUGCAGCCAGAGCGCUAUGAACUGUGGAAACAAGGAAAAGAUAUUACUGCUUUGGACCACAUGAAACCCACUGCACUAACUAGUCCCGAACUGAUGGCUUGGAAUGAGACCAAGGCUGUGCUGAAAGCUAAGCUCCUUCGGAGACAAAUUAGUCUGAAGGAAAACAGACACUGGAAAAAGACUGAGGAGGAGAGAAAACCAAAUAUAGAAAGGAAGAGAGAGCAGAACAGAAAGCCUGGCCUAUCGUCCCACAGAAAAAGAAGCCAGCCCAGGCGGCACAAGACAGAAGACCAGAAGUCUUUGGGAGAGGUUAUGGCUGCAGAAACCCUUUUGGAGGAGGGCAAAGUUAAGGAAGAACCCAAACAUGGACCUGACCUAGAGGAAGAAGAGCAGCACAAAGCCCCCGAAGGUGCUGAAGGGGAUGGUAAGACCAAGAUCCGUACCCCCAAGGCCAGAAGUGAUAAGAAGAAGAAACACCACCACCAUCACCACCAUCACCACCCAUCUCAGCCACCUCAGUUGUUGUCACCUCCGCCCCAGCUACGUACGGAAGAAGAGGUCCCCCCGCCACCACCUCCCGUAUUGGAGCCCCCUGUAUUGGCACCGGUAUCUACGGCCAUAGAAGAAAGCUUUCCCUUAGCUGCCCCCCUCAACAUUGUCCACCCCUCUGAGGUGCCCAGCGAAGAGGAUGACUUUAAGCCUCGACCUAUCAUUCCCAUGCUUUAUGUGGUUCCGCGGACCAAUAAGGUGGUAUUUGACAAAGACCGUGUAUCUGGCCAGCAGACACUCGAGCACUUUGCUCAGAAGGGUCAGAUUUGGAGGGAGCAGACUGUCCCCAUGGAGCUAACAGUGAAGGAAGAAGAAAGGGGAGAAACUGAGCAGGUGGAGAUCAGUCCCAAAGCCAAUGAGGUUCAGGCCCCAUCCACUUUUUCCAAAUUGAAAAUGGAGAUCAAGAAGAGCCGGCGUCAUCCCCUGGGUAAACCACCAACUCGAUCCCCUUUGUCUGUUGUCAAACAAGAGGGCUCAAGUGAUGAGGAAGCGUUUCCUUUCUCUGGAGAAGAGGAUGUAAGUGACCCUGAGGCCUUGAAGUCUUUACUUUCCCUCCAGUGGAAGAAUAAAGUGCAUAACUUCCAGGCAGAGAAGAAGUUCAAUGCGGCUGCAGCCCUGGUAGAGCCAUAUUGUGCUGUCUGUACUCUCUUCUACCCAUAUAACCAGUCCUUACAGACAGAUAAAGAGACUUCCCAGGCCUCUCUGGGAGAGACCUCCUCACUACUUCAGCUUUCUAAGUGUGGACAGAAGACCAAGCCCUUGAUCCCGGAAAUGUGUUUUACUUCAAGUGGUGAAAAUACUGAGCCUCUCCCUGCAAAUUCUUAUAUUGGUGACGAUGGAACUAGCCUCCUCAUUGCCUGCGCCAAAUGCUACUUGCAAGUUCAUGCCAGUUGCUACGGAAUCCGUCCUGAUCUGGUAAAUGAAGGUUGGACCUGUUCCCGGUGCACAGCCAAUGCCUGGACAGCGGAGUGCUGUUUGUGUAACCUCAGGGGAGGAGCCCUUCAGAUGACGACUGAUAAGAGGUGGAUCCAUGUGAUCUGUGCUAUUGCUGUCCCAGAAGUACGAUUUCUUAACGUAAUAGAGCGUCACCCUGUGGAUAUCAGUGCAAUCCCAGAGCAGCGAUGGAAGUUGAAAUGUGUUUACUGUCGAAAGCGAAUGAAGAAGAUAUCUGGAGCUUGUAUCCAGUGUUCCUAUGAACAUUGCUCUACUUCUUUUCAUGUGACCUGUGCCCAUGCGGCUGGGGUCCUAAUGGAACCUGACGAUUGGCCCUACGUUGUGUCUAUCACUUGCUUUAAGCAUAAAACAGGCAGCCAAGGUGUCCAGUUUCUAAGGGAAGUGUCAUUGGGCCAGACGGUCAUCACAAAGAACCGUAAUGGCCUCUAUUAUCGGUGCAAAGUAAUUGGCACAACCACACAGACAUUCUAUGAAGUGAACUUUGAUGAUGGUUCCUACAGUGACAACUUGUACCCAGAGAGCAUUAUUAGCAGAGAUUGUAUCCAGUUGGGACCCCCUCCUGAAGGGGAGUUUGUUCAGCUCCGGUGGACUGAUGGAAAUUAUAAAGCCAAGUUCAUUUCAGCUGUGAUCAGUCACAUUUAUCAGGUGGAGUUUGAGGAUGGUUCCCAGCUGAUGGUGAAGCGUGGUGAUAUUUACACCCUUGGAGAGCUUCCCAAGAGAGUCAAAUCUAGACUGUCUGUCAGCACGGGUGCUCCGCAAGAGAAGGUAUCCUCAGGAGAGGAGGUGAAGGCAGCAAAGCGCCCAAGGGUGGGCAGUGCCCGAAAUUCUGAGGACUGUGGACAGAAUCCUGAUUACCUGGCCUUCAUGGAGAGCCUCCUGCAGUCACAAUACCAGCCUGGAGCCCAGAGCCACAUGUUUUAGUACAAACACAAUUUUAGAACCAACAUCUCGUGACCUCCCCCACCCCCCAACCCCACCCUGACCCCUUUAUCCCAGCAAAGCACCCAGGCAACUGUGGAACAAGUGGACAGCCCCUUCCCUUCCCCCCUCCUCCUUCCCCCUGCAAUAACUUGCUGUGAAUUCCUUUCAUCUACAUUUAAUUUUGACCAUCCGAGAGACUUGUCUGGCCACAGGCUACCUCGACUCUGCUGAACACACUGCUGAUGGUAAUAGGAAAAGGAAGUGAUGGUAACCUCUCAGAUUGCAUGUCACCUGGAUGCUCUAGAAGAGCUUGUAUUCCCGGAGCACAUGGAUGCCUGGCUCUUGUCUUAGGCUAGGAAGGGUUAAACGUUACGUUAUAAAAGCAAAAACUACUCAGAUUUUCAAACCAUGUAAAAGCUCUCAUCUUGAAAAGGUGCUAUUUCACUGACUACUGAAGCAGCCUUUGGAAUUGUGAUUUCUGUAUAUAAAUCACCUUUGUGAAGUUCUUUCUAUAAAUACUUAUUGUUUAAAAAAAAAUGAGAAAAAAAAGGAAAAAGAAGGAAAGAAAAAAAAAAUCCCCAAACUGGUUUUCUAGAUUUGUGGCUUUAAAAAAAAAUGUUCUUUUCCCCACAAACUGAAAUGGGAUUUGAGUAACACUGAAUACGAGGGAGAGAAAAACAUCUCAUUCAUUUUCUUUUGUUGUUGUUUUUAAAUAUUAUUUGUAUAUUGAGUGGGCAGGGAGUAUGUUUUAGCUGGAGUGUCUUGGAAGUUGAGGGUGUUUGUGUUAUGAGCAGCCCAUUUGCGUGUUUCUGCUCCCUCUCCCAGGGGCCGUGCUGAGGCUUGUCAGUCAUUCAGGUGGGGCCACAGAUAGGGUCGGGGUGUGCACUGGGGGUGCAGGGGCAGCAAGGUCGAGAAGGGGAGGCCCUGCUACCUUUGCCCUGCUCUUUUCUGUAGUCCCCUGGAGAGGUCACGCAGUUUCCUCCCCAUGGCUCCAGGCCCCGCACAGGCUUCUGUUCUUUGUGCUCUUAGAAGAGGAAGGUUGAGAGUUCUGCUCAGUCACAGACCCUGGGUGUAUUUGGAUCCUGGGUGCAUUUGCUGCUCCACACCCCUGGCAGAUGGGAUGCGUGGCCAGCACCUCUGUGCAUGCCUGGCAAAAUAAAUACUUUCUCUUCUGGUUUGCUUGA